UCCAGCCUGAGGAGGGCUGAAAAUUUUAAUGUACGGCGUAUACAUAGGCUUUUAGUUUAAUUUCAGUUUUCGACCAAAUUUUGUGAAGUGUUUAUAUAGAGGACACGUUCAAACAAAUUCCGCGAAAAUAUGGCGUCGAGAUUAAUGAAGGCACAGGUGUGCAAACUGGGCAAACAUGCAGUUGAUCCCAUGGUGCGCCAAUUUCAUGCCUCCUGUUAUACUGCUUCCAAGGUAGCGCUUUCCAAAUUCGAUACGGAUGUCUACUUGCCCUACGAAAAGCUAAACCAGCGCUUGGAUAUUGUCCGUAGUCGCUUAAAUCGCCCAUUAUCGCUUUCCGAGAAGGUACUCUACUCGCAUUUGGAUGAUCCCAAAAACCAGGAAAUUGUGCGCGGUACCUCCUAUUUACGUCUACGUCCCGAUCGCGUGGCUAUGCAGGAUGCCACCGCUCAAAUGGCUUUGCUGCAGUUCAUUUCGUCAGGUCUGAAGAAAGUUGCUGUGCCCUCGACCGUGCAUUGUGAUCACUUGAUUGAGGCACAAAUCGGCGGUGUAAAGGACUUGGCGCGUGCCAAGGAUCUAAACCGCGAGGUUUACGAAUUCUUGGCCAGCACCUGCGCCAAGUAUGGCUUGGGUUUCUGGAAACCUGGUAGCGGCAUCAUUCAUCAGAUCAUUCUGGAGAACUAUGCCUUCCCCGGCCUAUUGAUGAUUGGCACGGACUCGCACACUCCCAACGGUGGUGGUUUAGGUGGCUUGUGUAUUGGUGUUGGUGGUGCCGAUGCCGUAGAUGUUAUGGCUGAUAUUCCAUGGGAGUUGAAGUGCCCCAAGGUCAUUGGUGUUAAUCUUACUGGCAAGAUCAGUGGCUGGACUUCGCCCAAGGAUGUAAUCCUAAAGGUUGCCGACAUAUUGACUGUAAAGGGCGGUACUGGUGCCAUUAUUGAGUAUCAUGGCAAAGGUGUGGACUCCAUUUCUUGUACCGGAAUGGCCACUAUUUGUAAUAUGGGUGCUGAGAUUGGUGCCACAACAUCUUUGUUCCCCUUCAAUCAACGCAUGGCCGAUUACUUGAAGUCCACAGGACGUGGCGGCAUUGCUGCUGAGGCCCAAAAGUACCAAACAAAAAUAUUAAGCGCUGAUGGCAAUUGCGAAUAUGACCAACUGAUUGAAAUCAAUUUGGAUACGUUGGAACCACAUGUGAAUGGUCCAUUUACCCCCGAUUUGGCUCAUCCUAUUAGCAAAUUGGGUGAAAAUUCAAAGAAGAAUGGGUAUCCCAUGGAUAUUAAGGUUGGUCUGAUUGGCUCCUGCACUAAUUCAUCUUACGAGGAUAUGGGUCGCUGUGCCAGCAUUGCCAAUGAUGCCAUGAGUCAUGGCCUUAAAUCGAAGAUUCCCUUCAAUGUUACUCCCGGCUCGGAGCAAAUUCGUGCCACCAUUGAACGCGAUGGCAUCUCUCAAGUAUUCGAUAAGUUUGGCGGAACUGUGCUGGCUAACGCUUGUGGUCCUUGCAUUGGUCAGUGGGAUCGUCAAGACGUUAAGAAGGGCGACAAGAAUACCAUUGUCACAUCGUACAAUCGAAACUUCACGGGCCGCAACGAUGCCAAUCCCGCCACGCACUGCUUUGUCACCAGCCCUGAAAUGGUCACAGCUUUGUCAAUUGCAGGUCGUUUGGACUUCAACCCACUCACAGAUGAGUUGACUGGCUCCGAUGGCAAAAAGUUUAAACUUAAGGCACCCUUUGGCGAUGAGUUGCCCUCCAAGGGUUUCGAUCCUGGCCAGGAUACGUACACUGCUCCCCCUCCUAGCGGCGAGAAACUAAAAGUUGUAGUCGAUCCAAAAUCACAGCGCCUGCAGCUCUUGGAACCCUUCGACAAGUGGGAUGGCAAAGAUCUGAAGGACUUGACUGUGCUUAUUAAGGUCAAAGGCAAGUGCACCACUGAUCACAUCUCAGCUGCCGGUCCUUGGUUGAAAUAUCGCGGUCAUUUGGAUAACAUCUCAAACAAUAUGUUUAUUGGUGCCACCAACUACGAAAACAACGAGAUGAAUAAGAUCAAGAACCAGCGUACUGGUGACUGGAAUGGCGUUCCCGAAGUGGCCCGCGACUACAAAGCCAAUAAUAUCAAGUGGGUGGCUGUCGGUGAUGACAACUACGGCGAGGGUUCGUCUCGCGAGCACGCCGCACUGGAACCCCGACAUCUUGGUGGACGCGCCAUUAUUGUAAAGUCGUUUGCACGCAUCCAUGAAACUAACUUGAAGAAGCAGGGUCUGCUACCGUUGACUUUUGCAAAUCCUUCCGAUUACGACAAGAUCCAACCUACAAGUAAAAUAUCUCUGCUUGGUCUGAAAGGCUUGGCCCCCGGCAAACCCGUCGAUUGCGAAGUGAAGAACGGCGACAAAGUUGACAAAAUCAAGCUGAAUCAUACAUUGAAUGAGCAGCAAAUCGCAUGGUUCCAGGCCGGCAGCGCAUUGAACCGCAUGAAGGAGUUGGCCAAAUAAAUACGCUAUAUUUACUUAGUCCCUGAACCAAUCCCCGCCUCCCACAUACACAAAAACACUAACACUAACGACUUAAACGCAAGCAAUCAUUUAUGGUAUUGUUAUUCAAUUUUUUCGAAUUGUUUUUGAUUUUAUGAAGAGUGUAAAGUGCUUAUUAUUAUUAUUAUGGAAUGUAAAGUUUUAAAAAAGAAGAUGGCACGAAAUUGUGAAUGUUUUAUAUACAUGCAUAUAAAUUAUAUACUUUACGUAUUUUAAUUGUGUAAUCUAUUUUUAUUUGUGAAUUUUUCGGUUUUAUCCACUGGCUGUCAUAUACAAAACUCAAACUCAUGCUGCUGACGAUGAUGUGCGAAUAAAAAUUAUAGUAAAGGUGAAAA